AGUCGAUAUAUUUCAAGGGUUUUCAUGGAAAGCGUCUAGUUACGUGAAGUUGAGUUGAAGCUAAUAAGAUUUAGAUGACAAAAUUAAUGUCGUUUUAUAAAAAAUAAACUAUAAAACGCUGUCAGUUUCUCGCUUAAAACGUAGCUUUGCCACACGAUAGUUCUGAAAUGAGCUCUCCUGACCGCGGCUUUCAUAAAUCCUAAUGUCAAAUCUCUCACCGAAACGAGGAAGUUUGCUGAGGACCAUGUCAUCCAAAUUCAACUUCAGUUUCAGAAGAAGAGAGAAGAAAGAAUUUCGGAACAUAGUUCAUGGCUUGAUCCCUGCUGCCACCAUUGCCCCCAGACCUGCUGUUCCCCGCACUCCUCCCCCACGAAGCCCCAACCCCUCUCCAGAGAGACCCAGGUCUGCCUUGGCAGCUGCUAUAUUAUCUUCCUCCCUAAUGGGCCGUACUGUUGCCAUUCCUCCUCCACGGCAGAGGUCUUACUCUGAGAGUGAUUGUUCACGUGCGGACAGCCAAACUGGCUUUGAGCCCUAUGCUGCCACUGCACUUUAUACCAGAGACACCUGGCCAGAUUCAGUAACAGGAAGAUCCCCCGUGCCUUCCCCAGGACAUUCUGAUGAGGACGAAGGUGAUGACAGUGAUGAGGUGGAGGCAGAUGAAGAUCAUGUAUAUCAGUCCCUUGAGAGACAGAGCAGAGCUGAUGACAUAAAUGUUGUAUACGCCGUGCCAUUAAAACACAGGAAGGGCGAGACCAAUUCAGACGUUGAUGAAGAGACUGAAGACUCUGCAUUUGAUAUUGUGUCUCCCCUACAGGCUGAAGAGGAAAUUGUGGUACAGGAAGGAGCAGCUAAAAUGCAGCCAUCAUUGCUACGACAACCAGGAUCAGGCUCUCGUGGGAGCAUGGCAUCUCCAGAGCUUGAUGUCUGGAGCGCUCAGUCUCACAGAUCAGUGAAUACUUCGAAAAGGAAGACCUCACGAAUGAAGGAGAGUCCAGUGAGAGGAAAAGAGAGAGACAGCAGUCGGGAGGCCAGUGAAGUGUUGCGCAGUACACUAGAGGUUCAGCAAGCAUUUGUAAAGGGGCUGAGGGAGCAGACUCAAAUUCUGGCCCAGGAGAAAGAGACGCUGGAGAAGAGAUGUUUACAACAGAGUCAGCACAUAGAGCAUCUCCAGCAGGAGCUCUGCCACACUCACACAGAGAGAGGAAUCUCCACAGGUGAGAGCUCCGAGUUACAGAGUCUGAGGCAGCAGGCUCAAGAGCUGGUAGAUGAGAAUGAUGGGCUGAAGAUGACGGUUCACCGUCUCAAUGUGGAGCUCAGCAGAUACCAAGCCAGAUUUCGACCACUCACCAAGGACGAGAACACUCAGUUAAAAGGCCUGCCAGUGAAAGGACCUGCGCCUCCUUGGCUGCUGGAUAUGAAAUAUUUAUCACCCCUGCUGCUGGCCUAUGAGGACCAUCUGAAUGCCAAAGACAAACUCCUCAAGUUCUGUGAGGAAGAACUACAGAGUCUGAGAGCACGUGCAGAGGAGGUAAUUCAGGAAAAUGAGAAACUUCAUACUCAGGUCAACAAAAGCAGCACUGUCAGCAACAAAGAAUGGAGGCACCUGCAGGAGCAGGCUCGCUUGGUGCUGGAGGAGAAUCAAGUAUUGAUAGAGCAGUUGGAAUUACAGCAUGCCAAAUCUAAAGAAGCCCACAGCAAACAUACACAGGAGGUGUGUAAAGUCUCUAAACAGCUGAUGUUGUUGGAGUCAGAGAAACAGGCUCUGGAAAAAGAGCUAGAGGUGGAGCGUAAAGAGCACCAUGCCCUGAAGACAGAGUUUCAGAGAAUUCGCUUGGCUCUAGAACACUCUCUGAGCUUGGCUGAACAUAAUGCUGUGACUGACAAACUCAAAAGACAGCUGCAGGAUCAUGAGAGGUUGAAGAAUAGUGAGGUUGAAGAGCUGUUGGCUCGUGUGAGUGCGCUGGAGGCGGAGAGAAAGACUCUGCUGCUGGACAAAACCAACGUUAACACAGACAUCAAGCACAUGGAAACAGAGGUCCAGCUUUCACAGCAAGCUAACAGGAAAGCUCAGAGGCGUAUAAGUGUCCUGAAGCAACAGGUUGAAGACUCUUUAGAGAAAGAGCUCAUCGCUCAUCAGUACCUUGCCAACAUUGUUACACUUGCUGAAAGAACCACCCAUGAAAGAGACCAGCUCAUGCACAUGUUGUGUAACCCUUCCUGUUCCCUUUCUCCAUCCUCAGGCUUCAUCUCUAGAGAAAGACAAGCAGGGCAUCCUCACACGCAUCAUAGAAAGCACUGUCAGCCUGGGAAAACUUCAAGAAAAAGUAAAGGUGUACAAGCAGCAGGCGUCAGCGAGUGUAUGCACUCUGGGUCGGCGUCUGCGCGAGCAGGAGGAGGACUUUGCGGGGAAAGCGGAGAAUUAUCAACGAGAGAUCCGGCACCUGCAGAGCCAACUCAGAGACAGACAGGAACAACUGCACGGAGCUCUGCAGCAGAAGAGAGAGGUAGAAGGUGAAUUGGAGGUGGUUUGGGAGGCAGCGACCAGAGAGAGCCAGCGCUUGUGAGAGGUGGUGUUAGGCAGCAGUUCGCUGAGUCCAGCCAACGUGGCUCCAGCCCUACACAGAACUUCCGGCCAGAAUCCUGCCAGGAUCUCUCGUGUAGAGGAUCAUUUGUCCUGCUCGCUGCCCCCACCCUUCACCUCCAGACAGUGCCGUCUGCCACAUCCUUUACAGCGCAGCCCCAUGUUUGACUCCGACUCCGACCAGCAGCAGAAUCUGUCAUCUGAUGAAAGUGACAAGAGUGGACGGGAAUCCUAAUAUUUCCAUAUCCUCCUUAACAAGUGUUUUGAGUUCAUGAAUUCAUUUACCUGAAGGCUUAAGGUGUUUUUAUGUAAAAAAUAUUAAAAAAACACACGAGGCCCUUAAAUACACAGCCUUUCUCUUGUCUUAACUAUGACAAAUGUGCUUUGAUGUUUGUUUUCCACAUAUAUAACAGUGUAUAACCUCAUAACAUUGUUCUCAAUUGCUAAUAAUGAUUAUCCUGCAGAUGGAGAACGUUACAGCAUUUAUUCGGCUGUUGAGCUCAUUUCAGAAAGCAUUUGUGACAGAGCAGUUCCAGCAGUGGAUACACACAAUAGCAUAGAAAUUUCUAUUACACAAGCCACAUGAUGAAUGACAGAGCAACAGAAAUCUCUCUCUCAUUCUAUCUAGGAUGAAGGCCUUGCACAAAAGAUUGCACUAAGGAUAUCCCUUAUAAUUUUCUUUAAUAAGGACAAAAUAUGGGAUACCAUAAUUUAAUUAGCAUCCUGUUUGUGUAUUUUUGCACUAGUGCAGAAUU